ACCGCCUCCUCCUCCUCCUCCCUCCCUUCUUAGUCUACCUUUGGGCUGGGUUGGCUGGUGAUGAGAUACUUGGUUGCGGGCUGUGGAACAGGCGACGGCUACAGCUACAAUCAAGUCCGCGACUGUGACCAUGGCCGAGAAUAACGCUCAGAAUAAAGCCAAGCUAAUCUCUGAGACCCGGCGAAGAUUCGAAACUGAGUAUGUGACAGAAAAGUCAGAAAAAUAUGAUGUGCGUGAUGUUGAAAGGCUUCAGCAAGAUGAUAACUGGGUUGAAAGUUACUUGUUUUGGAGACACAAUGUUGUGGAUGAAACCCUGAAGAUGCUUGAUGAGAGUUUCCAGUGGAGGAAAGAAUUUUCUGUCAAUGAUCUUAGCGAAUCCUCUAUUCCAAGGUGGUUAUUAGAACUUGGUGGUAUUUAUCUCCAUGGUUAUGACAAAGAAGGAAACAAAUUACUCUGGAUCAGAGUGAAAUAUCAUAUAAAAGACCAGAAAACCAUAAUGGACAAAAAGAAGCUCAUAGCGUUCUGGUUGGAACGAUAUGCCAAGAGAGAAAAUGGGAAGCCUAUCACGGUGAUGUUUGACAUGUCAGAAACUGGACUCAAUAGCAUAGACAUGGACUUUGUACGCUUUAUCAUCAACUGCUUUAAGGUAUAUUACCCCAAAUACCUCUCAAAAAUUGUGAUCUUUGAUAUGCCUUGGAUAAUGAAUGCUGCUUUCAAAAUCGUGAAAAGCUGGCUUGGCCCCGAAGCAGUAAGUUUGUUGAAGUUUACAAGUAAAAAUGAAAUCCAGGAGUAUGUCAGUGUGGAAUACCUGCCUCCCCACAUGGGUGGGACAGAUCCUUUCAAGUAUAGCUACCCACCACUGGUAGAUGAUGACUUCCAGACACCUCUGUGUGAGAAUGGGCCAAUUGCCAGUGAGGACGAAACCUCAAGCAAGGAAGACAUAGAAGGGGAUGGUAAGGAAACCGUGGAAACAGUUUCUAAUGAAGAACAACCAGCUCUGUCAGAAAAGACUAGCCCAACUGAAUCUGCUUCCAAACCAGAGGAAAAUGAAAAAGUUGAUUCAAAGAUGAAAACUUUUAAAAAGCCAUUGAGUGUUUUUAAAGGGCCCUUAUUACACAUCAGCCCUGCCGAAGAAUUAUAUUUUGGAAGCAUGGAAUCUGGAGAGAAGAAAACUCUAAUAGUGUUGACAAACGUCACGAAAAAUAUAGUGGCCUUUAAGGUGCGCACUACUGCCCCAGAGAAGUACAGAGUCAAGCCAAGCAACAGCAGCUGCGACCCUGGAGCUUCCGUUGAUAUCAUCGUUUCUCCGCAUGGAGGCUUGAGAGUCUCUGCCCAAGACCGGUUUCUGAUAAUGGCUGCUGAAAUGGAGCAGUCCUCUGGCACUGGGCCAGCAGAAUUGACCCAGUUCUGGAAAGAAGUUCCAAGAAGCAAAGUGAUGGAGCACAGGUUACGAUGCCAUACUGUUGAGAGCAGCAAACCGAACACUCUCACACUGAAGGACAGUGCUUCUAACAUGUCAGAUAAAACCAGUGAAGAUCUAUAUCUGCAACUCAAUCGUUUACUAGAAAGCAAUAGGAAACUUGAAGACCAACUCCAGCGCUCUCUCUGGUUCCAGCAGCUGCUGCUUGCCUUAACAGUGGUCUUGCUUGCUUUUGUUGUUUCUUUCUUUUAUUCGUUAUACAGUUAAAGAAGUGGUGCCUGGUCAGAAACGUAACUCCUUUAGACAUUGUCUGGAGAAGGUAUACAGACGGCACUCAAACUUCUCCACCCACCUUCUAGGACUACUGUACAUCUGGGCUUCCUAAAAGGAAAUAUGUAGCACAUAGCAGGGUGCCUGGCUUGAAACUAAGUUGUUUGGAUAGAGCAAUGUUCAAGGCAUUGAUUAUUAGAGACUGUAGCUAGUUAGGAAACUAAGUAAAGGCAUAUGCAGUGUAUAAAUCAAUCGCUUAAACAUAAUUUAUUUUUUCUUUUUCAUUUGAAUGCGUUCAAAGCAAAGUUUUUCAUGUAAAUGCACAAGCUGGGCUGAAAAGUCUAUGUAACAUGCUUUGGUGUCGCCAAAAGAUGUAAUCUGCUUUUUUUUUUUAAAUACAGAAUUACUAGCUGAGCUGACUUACUAGCUUUUCUAUACUACGUAUGUAAAAUAUGUAUAUUGAAAAGGAGACCUACUUAAGCAGAGUAAUUUAUGUAACCAUGACUUUGUAACUUUGAGAACUACUUCCAGAUGAUAGUCAAUAUUCUUUUUGGAAUGUAAAGCUAUUUAAUGCCAAACCACUUUAGCCUUUGUUUCUCAGCGUCGCUGAGCAGCCUGCCUCUUAUUAAUCUGGGCUCUUCACUGAUCACUUUGGUUUUGACACAAUAUGGAAAGCUACAUGUGGUUGAAUUUUCAUAGAUUUCUGGUAGUCGUGCCCAGAAGGAAAGUCUCCAAAACAGCCCCCUUUCUCGUCAUUUCUAUGCAGUUCAAUGCCAUUCACUGUGUUUGAACAGUGAACCUUUGCCUGGUUUAGUAUAAGGGCCUACUCUUCCAUUGUCCCAUCUUUACCUUCAUUCCAGGGCAAAGGAGUCUCCUCUGUGGACCACAAAUUAUGCCUUGUUCACCCUCACUUUUCCAUGAGAGAAAGGCAUUAGGUAACGUUGUUGAAACUCUGCUUAUUUUAGCUGAUCAUUAGUCUGACUAACCUUAGGUUCAAAAUGAUCCUUGUUAAAAUUGGUGGUGAGAAGGAAACGCUGAAAAGACCGGAGUAUCCGUGUGUGCAAUUAUAAAAAGAGGCUCAGAGAAUGGGAGCCACCACUCCCAAUGGGCUCUCUGGACCACUUUGAUACUCUGCCUUCGGUACAUUCAUCUGACUCCUAAAUCCCUAACGAGAUACACCUUGCAGAAGCAGAGGCUGAUGCAAUUGGUUUGUGUUGUCAUUAGCAUGACCAGCUUCAGUUGCUUUAGGUUCAAAUGUACAUCUGUUUUGAUGAAAGAAAAGUAGUCUGCCUAGCAAAUGAAUGUUUAGCCAUGUUUGGAGAUUUAGGAUUCUCAGGAGGAGAGUUGCGGGCUCUCAACUUGAAGAAAUUGAUUCCAACACUGAAUUUGGAGGAGUGAUGGAACAGAGCCCCUGACAAAGUCAGCUGAGGAAAUAAAACCUUAAAAGGACACUAGUGUGAUACUCUGUCUUAACUUGGGUUUUUCUGUUUCAGUUUGCCACCUCCAGAUGUGGAACAGACUGCAGUCCACACUAAGUCCUGUGCACAGUGUCUAUGCCCCUGUAUGUCCACAGAGACUUCCCACUGUGCUGGGAAUCUUCCCAAGUGGUAGAUUCGGGGCCUUAAUACUCUCAUUCCAAAGUAUUUGUCUGUGCUUUUCAUUCCUCAUAAAGAAAUGAGGAAUCAAUUAGCCAAGAGGAGGAAUAUAAUUGUCCUAACAGUGUCCCUUUCAUGUUGACCCACUAAACACCCUCCCUUGCUUAAUGUCUGGUCAGUUGAAUUUAGUAACAUACCUUGUUGGCAUUCAUUGUAGUGUAACAUACAUGAAUGUAACAUAUAUACAUUGUUACAUCCCUCCUCAAAACUGUGUGGUAAAUGUGACUAAACAGAACUGCGGAAAAUUAACCAUAAUGUGGAAGGCAUCUAAACUUUUCUGCCAAUCUUGAUUAGUCUAUAUAUUUGCAUUUUAUUGGUUCUGUCUUUGUUUAAUUGAAUCAUAUUUGCAUGAUUAUUUUUGGUAUUCUGAUCAAUACUUUUAUCUUUAAUCAUGCCAUUGCUUUCUUGUGAUCAAAUUGCCAGAGAUUUUCAUUUUGAUUUUUGUUUUCACUUGGGAAUGGAAAUUAAUACAUUUUCCAUGAAAACAUUAAUAAAAGAUCAUUAGCUUGAUCUGUAAGCCGCCUAAAAUGCAAUUGCUGGUAAGCCUAGUCUCAAAUUUCAUAAAACCAUAACUUUUUAUAUCUUGCCACUAAUUUUGACUGGAUUUAAUAGCACUUUAUUGUAUAAUUAUAAAAAAUAUAUUCCUAGAAUUGUUGCCAGUGUAAUUUCUCUAAUGUUCUGGUGCUUUUCAUAUAUUUUCAGUAUUUUUAUUACUAUAUUGGUAUUUUCUUUGUAUGAAUUGAUCAAAAGAACAUGUUUUCUAUUUUAAUAUGUUUUAGAAAAUAAUUACAUUUAUGAAAUAAAUAUCAUCAGGAAAAAC